AUGCAGACCAUGGACCGCCACAGCAAGCUUGCCGAGAUUAAGCUUGUAUCCAAAUACUACCCCGUGGCCAACUACUCCUACCCCUCGCCCAUGAGCCCGACGAGUCCCACCAUCAGCCGCCAGGAUAGAACCUCAGUGGGCUCCGAUGGCUCAACGCCAGGCCUCAUCGACGACAGGACCGACUCGGAGGUCUCGCAGGAGGACGACUAUCAGCGCCACACACAGACCACCGAGCUUUGGGACAGCUUCUGGCGACCCGGAGGCGAAUGGCGCCUGGAAGAUGCACAGCUCGACUUGACUCUCAAUGUCAGCGAGGAGCAUCCGGCUCUUGUUCCCUCUCAGCACAAGAGACAGCCGUCUCAAGAGUCCGUCGCGGGCGACAGCCCAUCAUGGCCUCUUCCCAAUCCCGUGGCCAGCACCCGCAAGCCUGCCGCCACAUACUCUGCAUUUCCCAGCAUCAGACCUCUGCCAAGAACCAGCCCUGUGCCCGCGCCUCUGUCGCCACGAUCACCCGUCACAAGCACAUUCGCUGGUGGCUGCCUCCCCCCACCACGACCUCAUCGCUCCGACGCCCUUCUCACCCCGUGUCUGGAGCAGCCACUCCAGGUCCCUGCGGCCCUAACCUCGCCGGUGCUACCGCCGCGCACAGACAGCCGUCCCAAGACCUCCUCCGGAGCUGCGCAUCGUCCGAAGAAGUCCAUUGACGGAUUCUUCCGAGACAAUGCCAACAUAUUUGGCAUUCACAGCGCCGCAUCGCGCUCCUCGGAGGACUUGACCAAGGUCCCUUCUACUACAGAGCCUCCUCACCGCGCACCGCGCCACUACAAGUCCACGACCUACCUCGGCGCCGCUCGUCAGCAGCAGCGUCAGCAUCUGGUACAACAGCAACAGCAGCAACCACAGCAAGCAGAACCACAAUCAGUAUUCGAGGAGGACUCGGACUGCGAGGAGCCGGCGGGGAUAUCCUUCUUUCGCUUCCACAAGCGCUCCGGCAGCGACAAGAGCUGCAAGUCCUCGGCCGCGACCCAGGAGGCGGCGCUCACUCGCAAGCGCCGCAAUCGCGCCGACACCAUCCCGGUGCCGUCGACGACAAAGCCGCCUUCCUCGGAGCGCGAGCGCAAGGUGGACGUCUUUGGACGCAUGCUUGGCCGUCGCAGCCGAUGA